AUGACACUUGCGCAUAUUACAGUGGGAUCGUAUUUUGCUACCGUUUCUAUUUGGUGCCAGUCCCGUUUGGUUUUUGACUCUGUUGUACGUCUCAUGAAGGUUCUUUGCUAUGGAAGAGAUAGGAAGGUGAUUCUAGAUAAAGAUUGUGUUUUAGGCACUAAUUUGGCUGCGCAUUACCUUUUCUCUUCGGACAUUUCCAAAGCCAAAACCUACGAUCGAGCUGCAGAAUACCAUCUUGGGAAAGCCACUCCUUAUAAAAAAGCAUUUUUUGAGGCUGUUAAUUACUUGAUCUCUGAUAAUAUGGACGAAGAUGUGGCUUUGGAGUUACACUCUAAGCUAUCUGAGAAUCAAGAACAUGACUAUGUUUAUGGUAUGCUUGCAUUCUCCUUAUUGGAGCGUGGACAUUUAGCAGAAGCUGAGAAAGCGGCUAGGAAAGGAUAUGAGAUCAACAAAAACGACUAUUGGGCUCAUCAUUGUUUGUGUCAUGUUCUUCAAACUGAAUGUCGUUUCAAAGAAGCAGUAGAGUUCAUGGAAGCAUGCUCAGCUUCAUGGGAUUCAUGCUCUUCCUUGGGGUAUUCGCAUAACUGGUGGCAUGUUGCUGUUUGUUACUUGGAAGGAGGCUCUCCCAUAAGUAAAGUCUACAUGGAUGCUCUCGGUUUGAUGUUGCGCUUGGACACACGCGAUAAACUACCUGAGAUUUUAGACAGACUCAAAGUCCUAGCAGACUGUUUGACUGACCAAUUGGAAACACUUCACAAGCACAUGUACUGCUCGAGAGCCUCAAGUCCCGGUCAGUACUACUUUUCUCUCUUAACAUGUAACCUGAACAAUAAGAAACAACAGUUGAUGCAGAAAGCGAUUCAGCUAAAAACCUCCAAAAUUUCAGGGUCGGCCCUGCUCGCUGAAGCUGUAUAUGAAUAUGGAAAAGGCAACAACACAAAAGCUCUAGAAAUGCUUGGUCCAAACUUUGACAUUGUUGACUAUAAGACGGUUAGAGUAUUGGAGAGGAGGAUAAAGCAGAGAGAUGGUGCUCCUUUCUUGUGGCAUUUGCUGGAGAAGAGUUACCUCAUGGAAGGCAAUGCAGAAGCUAUUGUAACUACAUGUGAGAAAGCCAAUGUGUUGGAAUCUUCAUAUUUCAAGUUUGCUUGA